UUUUCUUGACACGUCCCACAAGCACCUGUUUAGCGAAGUCGGGCUGGAUCCCCGUUGCACAGCCGUUGCUUAUUUUGGAGGUGAUUAUGCAUUCAGUUGUCCGUGGUUAAGUCGAGUGUGUGCUGGCUUCGCUUUGCAGCUCCUUCUGGUCGUCAUGAAAGGUGCGCUGUCCACGUCGUUUUUGAGUGUCCUGACGAUAGCAGUUAUUUUCCCCGAUGUCGCCUUUUCUCGAAACGAGACGAAUAUCGUGCAGAAGAAACCUAGGUUUCUGAGCCUGUUCACGGUGGCGAAGUUCGCCAACACCGAAUGCACCGCGGUAGGCGAAGAUGGCGAAGUCACGGGAACCUGUUAUGACUAUCGUUCCUGCCUCUCGGGAUCUGAGGACGCCGUGCCCUCCGGCAGCUGCGCCUGGGGCUUCGGGGAGUGCUGCACCACCAGGCUCCGGUGUGGCGGGAGGAGCGCCAACAAUAACACCUGGCUGCGGUCGCCUGGCUACCCGGCUACUUUCAAUCACCACCUCACCUGCGAACAGACCGUUGCCAUCGACGAUUCCAUUUGCCAGUUAAGACUAGACAUCGUCACCCUGAGGCUGGCCUAUCCCGACAACACAGGGAACUGCAAAAAUGAUUAUCUCAUCGUCAGUCACGACAACAAAUUUGACAAGCUGUGUGGCUACACGACUGACACUCACUUUUACUUAGACGUAGACUCAUCUUUGAGCAAAGAGGUCGUCUUCGCUUUCAAAACAUCGACAUUCUCAGCAGAUCGAUCGUGGUACAUCAAAGUGGCGAAAAUCAAGUGUAAUUCCGCGACUGAAGUGCCUAGAGGAUGUGGCCAGUUCUACACGGGAACCAGUGGCACAAUGAAAGGAUUUAACCAAGACGGCUCGACCAGCGAGAACUACCUUCUUUCCGGGCUGGAUUACGGCAUUUGUGUCCGCACUGAACGCAGCUCCUGUUCGAUAACGUAUCAAGAAAAGGGAAGUUCUAACUGGGUACCACAGUGCGGCGAUUAUUUCGAGAGACCAGGAUUAACUAAGUACCCGACUGCAGAGGAUGUUUGCAAGACCGGCGCCCCUGUGGGGUCAUCCCCAGUGGCUGCUUAUGUGGUCAACUUCCUGGCGCCUCACAUCUUCUUGCUGGACACAACACAGGACGUCACGAACACCCACCUUGCGGGAACUGGAGACUUCCAAGGAGGUUACUCCAUCUCCUACGUCCAGAAUCCCUGCUGAGAGCUGGCUGCCGUCGAAAGGAGAGAGAGAGAGAGAGAGAGAGAGAGAGAGAGAGAGAGAGAGAGAGAGAGAGAGCUGAGGAGUGCUGACUAUGCUUUUUCGAAUCGAAGAUUGUUGAUCUUCUUUUGUUAGCUUUUAGCUUUUGGACGAUGAUCUGUUUAAUCUGAAAGAAAUUUAUAAUAUUUGUUGACGAACGCUUAAUUUUAGGUCUAUGGUUUAAGUUUCCUUUUUUGCUGUGCAGCUUGGUGCUUGUUUGUUUGCGAGAGAGAGAGAGAUGAAUACUUCAAGGACUUGCAGGUUGGUGUAAGUUGUGUGAUAAAGCUGGUUUUUAUUCUACUUUUUUUUUAAAUGUUGCAAAUAAAAGCAGUAGACUAC